AUGGAAUAUUUUCAGACACUGGAUUUGCUAGCUUUGAUAUUGGGACAGCCAUUUUGGCUUAUCGUUUUCAUAGGAUUGCAUGAUUAUAAAAGUAAAGGACAAUAUAUCGAUACAACAUCGUUGGAAUUACGACGAGAUACAGAAUGCUUCUAUCGCUAUAUGAAAAGGGAUCAUCAUCAAAGUUUUGCGGAAUGGUUACACAAAAAGAAUGCUUCACAUUAUACACCAAUUGCGCCCAUCUAUCAACAAUCGUUAUUAAAUUUACAGUUAAAUGCGCUGAAAGAUGGAGAACAAGUAACGCAUGGAGUUGCCAAUUGCGAAAUACCGAAAAUACCGGCAAUAACACCGGAUAUACCAUUGAGAGAACGCGCAUUGUGUUAUUUCGAAUAUUUUCUUAAUUAUAAUCCGUUGAGAGUACCGGCGGCUUUAACGGAAGUACGCUGCAUGUGCGCGCAUCCACCGUCUAAAUUGAUAGGUAAGCGAAUCUUUGAAUGUGAGCCGCUUCGCUACCAAAUUCGCGUGCUUCAAUUUGACGAACUGUGUCAAACAUAUUCAGAAAAAAUUGAAAUAAUUACCUUGGCAUGUAUACCUGUGCUACAGGCAAGUGCUAGAGCAGAUGGUGAAAUGAAAUUCAUGGCUCCGGAAAGAUUCCAAGGUCCGAUCAGGAAGAGAUUUCGGUAUGACGAAUAA